CAGGAGGAGGAGGAGGAAGGAGCCCUCAGGCACUCCCCCGCUGGCGUCCAAGCUUGGGCUUCAUUAGGAGGAUGAUUAUUUAUUGCUCCCCCUGCCAACAAUAAUAAGACGGCUGUGUUUGUUCCACCUGCCCGUCGCCCUGAAGUAGGACUUGGCGAGGAUAUCCUCUCCGGUGCUUCCCCCCCCCCCCCCCGCGCACGCAAAACACACCGGCAUCCUUGAAGAUGAUAAAUCCCUAAGGGGUGUGUUUUAUAUCAUCAAAGCAAUUUCUGUUUGCAUUUACUACACACGUGAUGGAACUGUAAGUAAAUCAUCUUUGCUCCAUGAUGAAUCUGAUGACUAUAAUCUGGAAGGAAGCAAAAUAAUCGUUUCAUCGUCAGCUGUGAUUUGCCUAGCGUGUGGAAUGAUGCCUGAACGACUAACAGAAAUGCUUAUGGAUACGUGGGCUCCAUUAGUAAUAUUAUGGAUUACUGCGUUCCCAUCUAUGUACAUGGCUCCAAUGAAUCAUUCUCAAGUAUUACCAAGCAGGUCCAGUAGAGGACUCGGUGAGCUAAGAGAAGAACAAAGAAUAUUGAACCGUUCCAAGAGGGGCUGGGUAUGGAAUCAAAUGUUUGUGUUGGAAGAGUUUUCUGGACCAGAACCUAUAUUAGUUGGCCGGUUGCACACAGACUUGGAUCCUGGAAGCAGCAAGAUCAAGUAUAUCCUGUCAGGCGAUGGAGCUGGGACUAUCUUUGUGAUCAACGACAAGACAGGGGACAUUCAUGCAAUGAAAAGACUCGACCGGGAAGAAAAAGCCGAGUACACGCUGACAGCCCAAGCUGUCGAUAGGGAUACAAACAAACCCCUUGAGCCUCCCUCGGAAUUCAUUAUCAAAGUCCAAGAUAUCAACGACAAUCCACCGGAGUUUGUCGAAGGUCCAUAUCAUGCAACUGUUCCAGAAAUGUCCAUUGUGGGUACUUACGUGACUAAAGUGACAGCCACUGAUGCGGAUGAUCCUGUUUACGGAAACAGCGCCAAGCUGGUCUACAGCAUCUUGGAGGGCCAGCCUUACUUUUCAGUCGAACCGCAUACAGCUAUUAUUAAGACUGCUCUUUCAAAUAUGGACCGGGAAGCCAAGGAAGAAUAUACUGUUGUCAUCCAAGCAAAAGAUAUGGGUGGCCACAUGGGUGGAUUGUCUGGAACCACCACCGUGACAAUUACGCUGACUGAUGUCAACGACAACCCUCCCAAGUUUGCACAGAAUUUGUACCAUUUUUCCAUAUUGGAAGACAUUGCAAUUGGAGAACCGAUAGGAAGGGUUAAAGCAAAUGACUUGGAUAUUGGCGAGAAUGCUAAGUCAUCCUAUGACAUUAUUGAAGGAGACGGAGUGGAUAUCUUUGAAAUCACCUCAGACUCCCAGACACAAGAAGGCAUUAUUAGAUUGAGAAAGCCUCUGGACUUUGAGACCAAGAGAUCUUAUACGCUGAAGAUAGAAGCAACUAAUGUACAUAUUGAUCCACGUUUCAUCAGCGUGGGACCUUUCAAGGAUACAGCAACAGUAAAAAUCGUAGUAGAGGAUGCUGACGAACCUCCUGUCUUUUCUUCACCAAGUUACCUUCUGGAAGUACAUGAAAAUGCUGCUAUUAACUCUGUGAUUGGUCAAGUAUCUGCUCAUGACCCAGAUAUAUCUUCGAGUUCUAUCAGGUUUUCCAUUGAUCGAAACACCGACCUUGAGAGACAGUUCAACAUUAAUACUCAAGAUGGAAGGAUAACACUGGCAACCCCCCUGGACAGAGAAACCAGCACGUGGCACAACAUAACCAUCGUUGCAACGGAAGACAUUCCACUCUAGGGAAUGAGUCCUUUGUGAGCCAGGAGUGAUA